CUUGACGCUCAAAAUAGGCUGACAACUUUCCGAGAGGUCUUUCAUAUUCUGGCGGUCUCAUACGAAUCCUUCGACGAAAAAGCGGACAUUGCGAUUGGCAGACGGGCUGGCGAUCUAGUUGAAAAACUCUGUGAGAUGGUUGAGUGUUGCCGAGAAUUUGGUAUCACAUUCAAGCUAAAUACGAUCGUUUGCAAGCUGAACGUGAAUGAGGACACGAAUCAGCAUAUCUCAAGGCUCCCCCCAUUUCGAUGGAAAUUCUUUCAGGUUUUGAUGGUUGCAGGAGAGAACGACUCUGAGCAGACACUUCGAGAUGUACGAAAGUUUAUGAUAACGGAUCAGGUAUUUCAGGAGUUCUGCGGAAGACAUUAAAAACAGAGGUGUAUGGUGCUGGAGCCCAAUCGGUUGAUGGCAAAAUCCUAUCCGAUAGUGGACGAGUAUUUGCGAUUCCUUGACCGAGACGGUCGCCAGUCCUCC